AUGUUUGAGCUCCCGGACGCCAAAAGAAUCCGCCGCAGCGACUUUAAUCGCUCCCGCUCCUCCUCCCCCGCCUCCUCCUCCUCAGACAUCGAUCCCUCGACCGAAGCGCGCCUCCACGCCCGCCUCGCCGCUCUCUACGGACCUGUGCCACUCUCCGUGCCGCUCCAUACACCAUCUACUGCCAGAAAGAGCACCCUCGCGGACUCAAAGCCCACGCGCAAACCCCGCGCCGCCCCGAGGCGUAAAGCGUCCCCAACCUCAGACUCGGACAGCGCCUCCAACACUGAUCCCGAUUCCGAUUCUGAACCAGCCACGCCAGCAUCAGCACACGAUGAUGGCGCGUCCGAGGUGCGGGAGUACGAAUUUGCGCUGUUUGCCGGUGGCGACGCUGUGCAUCGCAACACCGUGAUCCUGAGCCCGUCCGACGACGCUACGGGGCCUGGCCGGAUCCUGCGUCCUCGACCGCGCGAGUAUUUCUUUGCGCCGCCUGCAGAAGGGGCGGUGAAGGCGCGGAUCUGCUACUCUGCCGUGAGCGGGGAGGAGGUGCGCGCGCGGAGUCGGGGGCGGGCGUGGGGGCUGGAGGUGCCAUGGAGGGUGCGGGUUCUAAAGCUGGCUUCCGGACCGCCAGUGAAGACUGGCUUGAAAUCUUAUGCGACGGGCGGGGGUUCUCACCUUGAGAAGCCGAGUGGGGGAGGAGGCGGAGCUUGCUUGGAUGGCACAGGUGUUGGAGGAGGAAGGGAUUCUUUGAGGGGGAGUCGGACGAAACCGAAUAAGAGACGGCGGAUUUUCCUGAGAGAGGAGAGGCGGAGACGGGAUGCUGCUGAGGAGGCGCGGAGGGAGGUCUUGGAGAGGAAGGUGGAGGCGGAGAAGGAAAAGAGGGUGAGGCUGAAUCGCGCCAAGAAGGUUAAGAGGCGGUUGAAGGAGAAGGCGAAGAAAGCUGAAAGGAAGGCUGGGUCUGGGGAUGGGGAAGGGGAAGGGGAAGCGGGUGUUGUGAGCAUAGCUGAUGCGAGUGUCGAGGAGAAAGCGCUUGACUGA